AUGCUCAAGCUUAAAUGCACUUCAUGUCACGAAGAGCACUCCAAGCUCGUUGGUGUCACACCGUCAGACGAACACGAGAUGACCAAGGGCGCUAGAGGCAGCGCAAACCUCGUCAUGAGUUGUAGUUUUUGCAAGAAGGAAAGCUCUGCUAAGUUCGAAGAGCCAACGACGAAAGAACCGCUCUGGAGACCGAUCAAUGCUGAUGAGCAGGGUGCGACAUGGCAGACGCUAUGUGUGCUCGACUUUCGCGGUCUCGAGCCCGUUGGAUUUGACCCAUCUGGCUCAUGGACAUGCAAAGGCUUGGAAUCAGGCACGACUUUCGACAGCGUAGAGUUCGACGAUGGCGUAGAGUGGAUGGACUACGACGAAAAGGCUGGCGACGAAGUCAGCAUCAUGGAACUCGAACAUCGAUGGCAGCGUGUGUAG